GGAAGUUUGGAGCGCAGACGGCCGACGCGAGGCGCGGCUGCCAUGGACGCGCAGUGAGCCGCUGUUUAGCGCGAACUUCCUAGGCUACGCGGAGCUCCCCGGCUGGUGGUGCGACUCCUCGGUCACCAUGAAAGACGACUUUGCAGAGGAGGAGGAGGUGCAGUCCUUCGGUUACAAGCGGUUUGGUAUCCAGGAAGGAACGCAGUGUACCAAAUGUAAAAACAACUGGGCACUGAAGUUUUCUAUCAUAUUAUUAUACAUUUUGUGUGCCUUGCUAACAAUCACAGUAGCCAUUUUGGGAUACAAAGUUGUAGAAAAAAUGGACAAUGUUACAGGUGGCAUGGAGACAUCUCGCCAAACUUAUGAUGACAAGCUCACAGCAGUGGAAAGCGACCUGAAAAAAUUAGGGGACCAAACUGGGAAGAAAGCUAUAAGCACCAACUCAGAACUCUCUACCUUCAGGUCAGACAUACUGGAUCUUCGCCAGCAGCUUCGUGAGAUUACGGAGAAAACCAGCAAGAACAAAGAUACACUGGAGAAGUUACAGGCAAGUGGGGAUGCACUGGUGGACAGGCAGAGUCAACUGAAAGAAACUUUGGAGAAUAACUCUUUCCUCAUCACCACUGUAAACAAAACCCUCCAAGCGUAUAAUGGCUAUGUCACCAACCUCCAGCAAGACACCAGCGUGCUGCAGGGCAAUCUGCAGAGCCAGAUGUACUCUCAUAACGUGGUCAUUAUGAACCUCAACAACCUGAACCUGACCCAGCUGCAGCAGAGAAACCUCAUCACUAAUCUGCAGCGGUCUGUGGAUGACACAAGCCAGGCCAUCCAGCGAAUCAAGAACGACUUCCAAAAUCUGCAGCAGGUUUUCCUUCAAGCCAAGAAGGACACUGAUUGGCUGAAGGAGAAAGUGCAGAGCUUACAGACGCUGGCUGCCAAUAACUCCGCCUUGGCCAAAGCUAACAACGACACCCUGGAGGAUAUGAAUAGCCAGCUCAGUUCAUUCACAGGUCAGAUGGACAACAUCACCACAGCCUCACAAGCCAACGAGCAGAACCUAAAAGAUCUGCAGGAUGUACACAAGGAUGAGGAGAACAGAACAGCCAUCAAGUUCAGCCAGUUGGAGGAACGCUUCCAGCUCUUUGAGACGGAUAUUGUGAACAUCAUUAGCAACAUCAGUUACACUGCCCACUACCUGCGGACGCUGACCAGCAAUCUGAAUGAAGUUAGGACCACUUGCACAGAUACACUGACCAAACACACGGAUGAUCUGACCUCCUUGAAUAACACACUGGCCAACAUCCGUUUGGAUUCUGUUUCUCUCAGGAUGCAACAAGACAUGAUGAGGUCAAGGUUAGAUACUGAAGUAGCCAACUUAUCAGUAAUUAUGGAAGAAAUGAAGCUGGUAGACUCCAAACAUGGUCAGCUCAUCAAGAAUUUUACAAUACUACAAGGUCCUCCUGGCCCCAGGGGUCCGAAAGGUGACAGAGGACAGCAGGGACCCCCUGGUCCCACUGGCAACAAAGGACAGAAAGGAGAGAAGGGGGAGCCUGGUCCCCCCGGCCCCGCCGGUGAGAGGGGCCCAAUUGGGCCAGCUGGCCCCCCUGGAGAGCGUGGUGGCAAAGGCUCCAAAGGCUUGCAGGGCCCUAAAGGCUCCCGUGGAUCCCCUGGGAAGCCUGGCCCUCAGGGCCCCAGUGGAGACCCAGGCCCCCCAGGCCCCCCAGGCAAGGACGGACUCCCUGGCCCUCAGGGCCCUCCUGGCUUCCAGGGACUACAGGGCACCGUGGGAGAGCCAGGGGUGCCUGGACCACGGGGGUUGCCAGGCUUGCCUGGGGUGCCAGGCAUGCCAGGCCCAAAGGGCCCCCCUGGCCCCCCAGGCCCAUCAGGGGCAGUGAUGCCCCUGGCCCUACAGAAUGAGCCAACCUCCACACCUGAGGCCAAUGGCUGCCCACCUCACUGGAAGAACUUCACAGACAAAUGCUACUAUUUUUCGGUUGAGAAAGAAAUUUUUGAGGAUGCAAAACUUUUCUGUGAAGACAAGUCUUCACAUCUCGUUUUCAUAAACACGAGAGAGGAACAGCAAUGGAUAAAAAAGCAGAUGGUAGGAAGAGACAGUCACUGGAUCGGCCUCACAGACUUGGAGCACGAAAACGAAUGGAAGUGGCUGGAUGGGACGUCUCUGGAGUACAAAAAUUGGAAAGCUGGACAGCCAGAUAACUGGGGUCAUGGCCACGGGCCAGGAGAAGACUGUGCUGGGCUGAUUUAUGCUGGACAGUGGAAUGACUUCCAGUGUGAAGACAUCAAUAACUUCAUUUGCGAAAAAGACAGAGAGACAGCACCACCAUCUGCAUUAUAAUGGACUGUGAGGUAAUAAGAGCGAAUUUUCAGAUGGUUCUCAAAGGCGAAGGAUACUCCUUUCUGAUUGCAUCAUCUUUUCACCAGAUUGAAAAAAAGCACUGAAAACAAAUUACUGAAAAAGUUGACAGCUAGUUAUCCUUACCACCCUCCUUCACUCAAGGAUUUCAGAACUGAGGUGUUCCCCCAGUAUGAUGUACUGAUUUUCAGUACGCAAAUGGACUGAAUCACAUAGGUUUUUCUCAGCCAGUAACUGCACCAUUAUGCAAAUCACAUCUUCCAAAGUAUGGAUUGCUCCAAUCAGAAAAAAGACUAUUAUUGGUUGUUGAGCUUUAGGGAGAACUUAAACUAUACUGUGUAAACAGUACCUUACAUUUCCAAAAUCCCAAAUGUAAGAAAAAUAUGCAGACAUACAGAUAAUAUAGGCCAACUCUUAGUAAUGAUAUGAAAUAUACUUAAAGAGCUUUUAAAACUUU